AGACGUUCAAGGCGCAGAUGGGGAAUGUUCCGAUGUACCCUGCUUUGGGUAACCAUGACUCUUUUCCCUCGGAUCAGAAUACGCCGUUUUGGUGGGGUGAGGGGCAGGGUAUGACGGAGAGUGAGUUUCAGUGGGAGUAUGAUUUCUAUGCGGAUUUGUGGAAGGAGAAUGAGUGGAUUGAUGAGGAGACUGCUGCGGAGGCCAAGAAGCAUUAUGCUGCGUUCUCUACGGUCACCAAGCAGGGAUUGAAAAUCAUCACCCUUAACACUGAUUUCUGGUACAAGAACAACUACUUUAACUACGUCAACACCACGAACCCCGAUUCCUCGGGUAUGUUGAGGUUCUUGACGGACGAGUUGCAAGCUGCCGAGGAUGCCGGCCAGCGUGUCUGGAUCGUCGGACACGUUCCUUCUGGGUACGAUGGUUCGAGUCCGGUGUUGAACGCGCCUAACCUGUUUUACUCGAUUGUGCAAAGGUUCUCGCCGCAUGUUAUCGCUGCCACGUUCUUUGGACACACGCAUCGGGAUAUGUUCAAUGUCUAUUACGACGCCCCCGCUACGAAGAACGGAACCGAGUUCGUGGCUGGGUCGUGGAAUACCUCUGACCCGCUCAUGACUGCCUGGAUUGGAAAGUCUCUCGUUCCGCUUGGUGGGUUGAAUGGUGGAUGGAGGUACUACGACGUCGACGCUAAAUCUUUCUCCAUCAUGGAUGCACACAACUUUUACGGGAAUGUCUCAGAGGCAGUGAAUGACGACGCAGUCCCCUGGACCUUCCUCUACUCCUCCCGCGAGACGUACGACCCGAAUGGUACUUGGCCCACCGACGCUCCCCUUAACGCUACGUUCUGGGAUCGUGUGACGAGGGAGAUGGAGGCUGAUGGUACCGGUGCGUUGGUCGAGAAGUAUAAUUUCUUUGAGACGGCGGGCAGUGUGAGGACGCCGAAGUGUGUUACUGAGGCUUGUCGUCAGCAGAAGAUUUGUUACAUGAGGAGUGGGAGUGCGGUGCAGGGAUUGGCUUGUGGGAAUAAGAAUGGUCCGAAUUGAGUGAUGUGUGGCGUGUGUUAAAGGCCUGUAGUA